GCCUUUGACAAAACAAGUAUGGUUGGAUGUAAGUUUAUCGGAUGUAAGAGGAUAACCUAAAAUUUUAUAUUUUUUAUUCGAGAACUGUGUUGUGUUUAUAAAAUACAAUGAUUAUAAAGUAAAGUGUUGACAGUUUUUACGGUCUGUAAGUGGACAAAUAUCAUCAAAGACAAAUUCAAUAUACCUCUAUUAACCAAUGUUAACCAUCUUUGUUGUAUACUAUUCAUACAAUCGAUAGCUGAGGGGGGGAAGUAGGUACCUACAUGUUAAUAUGAAAUGGGUUUACUUCUGCGAGGUCUUAUCGUAAUAAAAAAUAGCUUAAGAUCUCACAAAAUGUAGGUAAUGAGAUAUUUUUGUAUUCUGUUCUUUCGGAAAUCAAAACUUUGUUCUGUGUGUUAAAUCUAGUGCUAUUUAGUUCCUUAAUAUCGAAACUUUUUAUCAGAAGUUAUGAUGUAAAUUUGUGUCAAAAUGACUACUAAAGUGGACAAACAAAUAAAUGGCAAUAAUGGUAUAAAGAGCCACCCCAGCUGCUCUAAAGGUUCUCAAAUAAAAAAUAAUGACCACUACUCUCAGUACAAAGAAGAAACUUUUAAAUUUGAAAUACCUCCAGAAGCCCCAGUAUUUUAUCCUACAGAAGAAGAAUUUCAGGAUCCUCUUGCCUACAUAGCAAAAAUAAGACCUGUCGCGGAAAAUACAGGAAUAUGUAAAAUUAAACCACCAUCACACUGGCAACCUCCAUUCGCAGUUGAUGUAGAUAAAUUAAGAUUUACUCCUAGAAUCCAACGGCUAAAUGAAUUAGAAGCAAAAACUAGAGUAAAACUAAACUUUUUAGAUCAAAUUGCCAAAUUCUGGGAAUUGCAAGGUUCUUCUCUUAAAAUACCUAUGGUAGAAAGAAGAGCCUUAGAUUUAUAUACUUUACAUAGAGUGGUACAAAUAGAAGGUGGAUUUGAUAAUGUAACAAAAGAGAGAAAAUGGUCUAAGAUAUCUCAAAGAAUGGGCUACCAAGCUGGUAAAAGUAUAGGAACAAUCCUAAAAACCCAUUAUGAGAGACUUCUGUAUCCAUUUGAUGUCUUCAAAGCUGGAAAGACUUUAGAUGUGAAACUAGAAGAUAUUGCUGAUGAUAUCGAGAAAGCAGACAAAGAUUACAAACCACACGGCAUUGUUAGUCGCAUGCAGAUCAAGCCACCACCUGAAAAAAAUGCCAGGAGAUCCAAAAGAUUUGAUAUCAAUGAUGAAAGCAAGACUGAUAACUUAGCGAACUUAGCACUUAAGAUAAGGGAAGAAAAGUCAGAGGAGGAUGAAGAAGAAAAUAAGGAACUGAGACGCUUACAAUUUUAUGGAGCUGGUCCAAAAAUGGCUGGAUAUGAUGAGAAGAAGGAAUCAAAACCAAGACAAAAAACUAUUAAAUAUGAUUUUGAUCCAGUAAGUCCAAAUCUUGCAAAAUACGUCUGUCAUAAUUGCAAUCGGGGUGAUGCCGAAGAAUACAUGCUACUUUGCGAUGGAUGUGAUGACAGUUACCACACUUUUUGUUUAAUGCCACCUCUCACUGAAAUUCCAAAAGGUGAUUGGAGGUGUCCAAAAUGUGUAGCUGAAGAAGUAUCAAAGCCUAUGGAAGCCUUUGGAUUCGAACAAGCUCAGAGGGAAUACACUUUACAACAAUUUGGGGAAAUGGCAGACCAAUUUAAAUCGGAAUAUUUCAAUAUGCCUGUUCAUAUGGUACCAACUGGUACUGUAGAGCGUGAAUUCUGGAGAAUAGUUUCAUCCAUUGAUGAAGACGUCACUGUAGAGUAUGGUGCAGAUUUGCAUACUAUGGAUCAUGGUUCUGGUUUCCCAACUAAAUCAUCUACUAACCUCUUUCCAGGAGACAAAGAGUAUGCUGAUUCUAGUUGGAAUUUGAAUAAUUUACCAGUUUUAGAAGGGUCUGUACUAGGAUAUAUUAAUGCUGAUAUUUCAGGGAUGAAGGUACCUUGGAUGUACGUUGGAAUGUGUUUUGCUACAUUCUGUUGGCAUAAUGAAGAUCAUUGGAGUUAUUCAAUAAAUUACUUGCAUUGGGGAGAAGCAAAAACUUGGUAUGGAGUUCCAGGCAGUAAAGCUGAAUCUUUUGAGGAAACUAUGAAGUCAGCGGCACCAGAACUAUUUCAUUCUCAGCCUGAUCUACUUCAUCAGCUGGUCACUAUAAUGAACCCAAAUAUUUUGAUGAAUGCAGGAGUGCCUGUUUACAGAACUGAUCAGAAUGCUGGAGAAUUUGUUGUCACAUUUCCUAGAGCUUACCAUGCUGGAUUUAACCAAGGAUACAAUUUUGCUGAAGCUGUCAACUUUGCUCCUGCAGAUUGGUUAAGAAUGGGACGAGAAUGUGUUUUACAUUAUUCUCACUUGAGGAGAUAUUGCGUUUUCUCACAUGACGAACUUGUUUGCAAAAUGGCUUUGGAUCCUGAAAAAUUAGACUUAACAAUUGCAGCUGCUACUUAUCAAGACAUGUUGGUCAUGGUUGACACAGAAAAGAGGUUGAGGAAAACUUUACUAGAUUGGGGUGUCACAAAUGCUGAAAGAGAAGCUUUUGAACUUCUUCCUGAUGAUGAGCGACAAUGUGAAGUUUGUAAAACUACAUGUUUUUUAUCUGCAAUGACUUGCAAAUGUUCAACUGAUAUUUUAGUUUGCCUGCGGCAUUAUAAGAAUCUUUGUGAAUGUUCUCCUCAGAAUAGAACUCUGAGGUACAGAUACACUCUAGAUGAACUGCCCGUUAUGCUGAAAGCUUUGAAAUUGAAAGCUGAAUCCUUUGAUCACUGGGUGUCUAGAGUGAAGGAUGCGUUAGAUCCAAAAACUCCAAAGACUCUGAAUUUAACUGACCUUAAAGAAUUACUUAGUGAGGCUGAUGGUAAAAAAUUCCCUAAAUGUGAUUUACUUCAGACAUUAACUAGCGCUGUAGAGGAUGCUGAAAAGUGUGCAAGUGUUAUACACCAGCUAGAUUUGAAUAAAAUGCGUACCCGAACUAGAAAUUCUAAUGAUACAAAAUACAAGUUGACUGUCGAAGAACUCACUUUGUUCUGUGAAGAAAUUGAUAGUCUUGCCUGUAUUUUAGAAGAAGCUAAAAGCAUUAGGGAAUUAUUGCAACAAACAAAAAAAUUUGAAGAAAUGAGUGAAAAGUUUUUGGCCUUAUCUCUCUCAGAAUGCUCCAUACCUGAAUUGGAAGCUUGUCAUUCACAUGGAAGUGGGCUGUGCAUAGAACUUCCAAAUCUGAGACUUGUAGCUACAAGACUAAAACAGUGCCAAUGGAUGCAAAAUGUAGAUAAUUAUAAGAGUAAAACAGAUGUUAUGGGAUUAGAUGCAAUCAGAAAUUUUAUUCAAGAAGGAACUUCUUUACCCCCUCAUCCUGAAUUAGAAGAAGAAUUGUCCAAUUUACAAGGAAUUUUACAAACCAGUGAAGAAUGGGAAGAACAAGCAGCCGAAAUCCUUAAGUCUGAAGAUAAUAAUGUCUUGAUUCAAGUAGACAAACUCUUGAAAGAAGCUUCCAAAAUAUCUUGUUUCUUACCUACAGAAGGUCAUUUAUUUGACUCUAUGAAAAAAGCUAGGGAUUGGUUAAGAUUGCUAGAAGAAAUGAAUUCUGCAGAGUAUUAUCCAUAUUUUAGUGCAAUGGAAGAAUUAAUAAAGAAAGGAAGAUCAUUAGCUUUACAUUUAAUAGAGGUGGAUAGAAUGAAUGAUUAUUUAGUUCUUGCCACGGGAUGGAAAGAAAGAACAAGUAGAGCAUUUCUAAGAAAAAAUUCCGCUUGUACUCUGAUGGAAGCUUUAUCUCCAAGAAUAUCCAUAUCUAAUGGUAUUAAUAAAACAAACAAAAAAAGUAAAAUCAGCGAAGAAGAUCAUUCGAGUAUAUCUCUAACCAAUGCAAUGGAUCCUGCAGCUGUAGUCGCUGUAUUUAAAGAUGCUGAGGAUACAGAGAUGGCUUUACUUAAAAAACUCAGAGCCACCAAUAUGGCUAAAAGCUUGGAUCCCAGCUCUAACAGUACUUUCUGUAUUUGUGGAAGAGGAGUAUAUGGUAUUAUGAUGCAAUGUGAAUUAUGCAAAGAUUGGUUUCAUUCAGCUUGCACACAACUUCCAAAAUUAUCCACCACAAAGUUCAAAGGAAAUUUUGCAUCUGUUGCUCUUCACAUGGGUUUUAAAGACUGUAAAUUUCUAUGUCCAAAUUGUCAACGUACAAAGCGUCCUCGAUUGGACAUAAUUUUAGGACUACUUAUGUCUUUACAAAAAUUAUAUGUUAGAGUACCUGAAGGUGAAGCCUUGCAAUGUCUUACAGAACGCGCUAUGAAUUGGCAAGAUAGAGCCAGACAACUCUUACAGCAUACUGAAUUAGAAAUAGCUAAAAGUAAGCUGGCUAUGUUCAGCCAAAAAUACAAUGAAGCAGCUGCGAGACAAAGGACUGAAAAAAUUAUAUCUACCGAACUAAAACGAGCUUCAAAAAAUCCUGAAUUGCACCAAAGAGUGCAAGAAAUCACUCCUUACAGCGGUGUUAUUACUGAAGAUGGUAUAACUUGUGAUAGUGGAAUCAAUGAUUCUGAUGAUGCAUCUAGAGAUUCACGAGAAUCCGACGAUCGAAUGGGUGAACAUGCAUAUUCAUUACAUUUGCCUAAGCUUGGAGAUGAAGAUUAUUCCCUUCUUCUGAAUACAGAUAUCAGAAGACAAUUAGAAGAAUUGCUUACUGAAGGAGACUUGUUGGAGGUUUCGUUAGAUGAGACUUUUGCUUUAUGGAAGUUAUUGCAAGCAUCACGUGAUCCUGUAAAAGAACCAAUAUUUAUUGAUUUUGAUGCUCAUAUGAAGAACACUGCCAAAAAAAGAGGUCGUAAGAGGCUUUCAGAAGAAUCGGAUUCCAAGAAAGUGUCAAAAACUGCAAAAGUAGAUCAAGAGAAAAAAAUUCGAGGUCGUAAGGUGAAAACUAACAAGGAAGGUGGUAAAAAACGAGCAUAUAAAAAACGUGUUGGGAGGUGUCAGUCUACAGCUUCAGAUAGUGACGAUGAUGACGCCGACGAAAGCUGCGCUGCAAACGGUUGCCAAAAGCCUACAGGCCAAAAUGUUGAUUGGGUUCAGUGUGAUGGAGGCUGUGAACAAUGGUUCCAUAUGGCCUGUGUUGGACUUUCAGCUGAAGACAUUAAUGAAGAUGAAGAUUACAUCUGCAUCACCUGUUCUAAAACCACUACCUACGAAAAUUUGGGUAGCCGUUCUAGUAGUCCCAGAUCUCCUGAUUCUACACAACCUUCCACUUCAAAAGAUGCUUCAUAGUGCAAAGUGUUGGACAAUCACUCUUUUGCAAAUGCAACACUAGACAAAGUGAAAAAGUAUUUUAGUAGAUUAUAUAUACACAGUUCAGUUGUGAUAAUUUAAUGAUAAGGAUUGUAAAAUAUUUUUAUUGUAUCACUUUCUGUAUAUUUUUGUCUAUUUAUCCUCAUUUAUAUUAAGUUUCAUUGUAAAUACUUCAAAAUCAUAACCUGAAAUAAGUAUCAAUUAUAAAGUGAAUUGGAAUUUCCUGCACACAUGAUUUGGAUUUUUUAGUUAACAGCAUCAGAGUGAAUUAAAAGUAUUUUCAACAACCAUAUAAAAUGUACACAGUCUGACAUAAUUUAAAAAAUAAAAAACGAGAUGCAAGUGUCUUGAGACAUUAUUUCGUCAUAGAUCUCAUUUUAUAUUGAAAAUUAUAUGUGUGAUGAAAUACAGUGAUGUACUUUCCAAUUAUUUUUAGACCCAAAUAAAUUAAUGUAUGUAAAUUGCCAUCUUUAGUACUCAAAUCUUCUCCUUUUUGCUUAACUAUAUCAAUUUUUAGAGAAUUCUUUCAUAUUUUUAUCCUAAACUCUAUAAUUGUUUAUUUAUGAGAAUACUUAUUAUCAAAUUCUCACUAUCUGCUAAAUCUAUCACAAACUUGAAUUUUUAUAAUAGCGAAUUACUCAUUUAUUCUCAAACCUAUCUAAAAAUUUCAUUAAUUUGUCAAUAUAGUUUCUAUUGCCCAUUCAGUUGGCUGCAGAUGUUGUAGAUUAUACAAAUUGUUAUAAAGUUUUUCAAAUAAUAGUUACACAGAAUUCAUAAACUAGUGGAGAAUAUUGGGAAAAUAUUUAAAAUGUUGACAAAAUAGGAUAUUUAAAAGAGACAAUACACUUAUCUCACAAUUGUGUUUAUUCAUAAUAUUACCUAACCUCAACAAAUUUUUUUUCGUCUUGUUUACUUAUCUUUUACAAAUCUAUAUAAAAAGGGGUUAUUUCUUAGUCAUACAUACAUGAACUUAUGUGUUUGUUUUAAUUACCUUACCUACCCUUUUCUUGAAUUUUGAAAAUUCAAUAAUGUGAAAUCACACAGUCAUCAUUACUUUUACAUGCGUUCUUCAAUAUUUUCUUUCAACUCCUCUGAAAACUAUUGAAUGAAUUAAAUAUUUCUUAAACAUAUAUUGUGGUAUGGUAAUCACAUUGGAACUAAUGGGAUAACUAUUACAGUUAACAAAAGUAAUUUUAUAUUGUAACUAACUUAAAAAUCCAAACAAGAUUCCAAUUCCAUUUUUUAGUAUUGAAGCCAUCCUUCAUAAUCCCUUGUUUAAAUUUGAAAUAGGUUUGAUUUUUUAUACUUCACUCUGCAUAUAGUAAAUAAUCUGAACAAAUUGGUAACAUUAAUGCCUUUAAAUACUUUUAUUUUGAGAAAUUUGCUUAUAUUUAUUUUAUUAUUUGGUCCCUGUACAAAUCUGUCAUAUUACUUUAUUCAUUAUAUCGCUAGUUUAGCAGAAAUUUCUUAUAUAUCAGGACUCUGUACACUACAGUUUUUAAAAUCGAUAUAUUUUACUUUGCUUCAGAUUGAUAAUAAUCUAUUUUGAUUCUACAUAUCAUUGAUGUCUUUUAGACUGGUACACUGGAACACAAAAUUUGUUUGCUGAAGAUUAAACCAUACUUUUAUGUAGUUUUUCUUGUUGAAUGUGAAGUCAUUUCUUCUGUAUAAUUACAAUAUUUCUCAAUAUAUUUGUAUGCAAAUAAAUUUCUUCAUUACAUUUUUUCUUUUCUCUAUAACAAUAUUGAGCAAAUAUAUCUACACUAUGUCCCAUGAAAUAUUCCUCUUUGCUUCUCACUUCAUUCAGUAAAAAAUUUGUUAAAUUGAAACAAAACUCUCAUUUGAUAUACUUUAGUGGGACCAGACUUUAUUCUGUAAGUGUGUUUUUCAAAUGUAGAUAUUAUUUUAAUAGCUCUUCUAGAACUAGAUUUUAUUUGCCCUUGAUAUCAUUUAAUUUAUCAAAUUGAUGAAGACAUCCGUUUCCUGAUAUUUUUUAAUAUACAUUAUGUUGUAGCGACAAAUUUUUUUUCCGGACAAUAAAUAAAUAAAAUUUUUCUAGGCAGAUAUUUCAUUAUUAUAAAUCAUUUAGAAUCAAAAUGAAUUGUUGAAAUGUUUUCAAAGCUUAUCAUAUUAUUCAUUGUUUCAUUAUAAUCGAUUCUACAAGGUAUAAACCAAAGAAAAUAUGAACUUUUAGUAUGUGUUCACGAAAAGAACUUAAAUGAAAAUAAGUAUACAUAAGUCUAUUUUUAGUUCCAAACAUUUAUUGAAUGCCCGUCUCAAAGCUAGUACAAUAAUUUGGUUAUGGAAUAAUAGUUGUAGCUAGUUACAUGCUUGGUUCUGGUAAUAAUACUGUCAAAAAUUUCAGCAUGGUACCAAAUGCCAAUAAUAAUAAUAAUAAAUGAAGAUUUCCAAUAUAUUGAUUUAUAAAUCCAAAUUUUGAAGUAUAAAAUGAAA